AUGAAUUCCAAUCUCACACUUUCACCUUGCUGGUGGCCUUCAAUUUCCUCUUUUCUAGCAAAAUACCACUUCUUGACUCCAGGCUUAGGUCCUGAAAUGAGUGAAAACUCUGGCGUCCAGUUUAUGGGCGCCAGAACCAAGCGAACACAUCGUGACAUGGAAACAGAGGACGAUACAAGCGGCGAUGCCGCCUGGGAACAGCACUUCCAUCCCCCUCGCUCCGAUCACGGUAGAUCUGAAUCUACCCGGUUGCCACCCAGAAGACGACGAGAUGGAUACGACUAUCGUCGGCCGGUGAUGCUUUCGUCUGGGGAUAAUGUCGUGAUUGACUUGACUGAAGAUCCGGACUCUCCUCCACAACGUGAUGCGACACAAUUCCCCGGUCCUCUACAUACCCCACACCCGCACCGUUCGAGAUUGCGAUUUCCCCGAGAUCUGAUGAACCACAUGUCCCCUUCAGCUGAUCACCCUACUGUGAUUGAUCUGGAGGCCGAGACAGCGGUUGAUCCAGUAGACCUUUCUCCGAACAAUGAGGAUGUUCAGAUUGUUGGGUCUUCUUCCGUCAGACCAAGACCAAUAGAACCAAGGUUCUUGGACAACAAUGGUAUUCCAAUGCAUUUUCCUCCUCGCAUACAGCCAUCGAGAGUAUCGGAAUACGGGCGAUCGAGAAGCGAUGAGGAAAUGGCGAUCAGGCGUGCUGGGAGUAACCUCUAUUCGUUGAUGACAGAAACGUUUCAUCUUGGAGUACCCGGCUUUGGCUAUACUCAACCUACUCAGCCUGCGCCCCGCCCUCGUCGAUCAUCUUAUAAAGGACUCAGUCCAGCGCCGGAUGGAUUUACUCGACUUUUGGCAGAAGAUGACGUACCUGUCUGCCCGAAUUGCCAACAAGAGCUAGGAACCGGAGAAGGGUUGAAACAACAGAUUCAUAUUGCAAAACCAUGUGGCCACGUCUAUUGUGGCGAGUGCGCUGCGAAUCGGUCCAUCUCCAAGGCGAAGAAGACAGCUUCAAAGACCAAGCCGUUCUCAAAAUGCCAAGUUGCAGGUUGCGGUAAACCUGUCAGCAGCCCCACUGCUAUGUACCACCUCUAUCUGUGA